CAGGUCUUACCCACAGGAGAAGCGACUCGGCUCCUGGUCCUACGGUGAAGGAAUUCGGAGAAGGUGGAGGAGGCAGGUGUGUACAGGUGUGAGCAGGUGCCUCCGGAUACACCCGACAGAGGUCAAACUACCGUCCACUGCCCGUCCAUUUCUACCUGGCUGCCUGUGAGGGGCUGAGUGGACCAAGAGCAACAACUUGUCCAGGUUCGGUCUGGUGCCUAUAAUCACAUCCAUCAAAAGUGUUUAGAAGAAGAUAUUUGCCAGACAAGAUAGUGAUAAAAAUAAACACUUAAUGUUGACGCUCCACCUCGGAUCUUUCCAACAAGUGCUGUGACAAUCGCUUACUCAGAAGACAACGUCACCUGGACGCUGGUUAGAAUCCCCUCAGUGAAUCGUCCUUCGCGGAACUCGGAAGGAAUUUGACACCAGGUGGAGACCAGCCGGGUCCCACACACGUCGACAGGUAAUACCUCAGACUGACCACAACACCACUACCGGGAACAUGUGCCCAGGUAGAUGACUUUCCUCUUAAAAAAAAAAAAAAAUAUUUUAUCAUAAACAGACAAUGACAACAAAGUAAAACAUUCACUACGAACAAAACUCCGCUAAAACAACAAAAGAAAAAUUCGGUGGAAAGGAGAAUUAGGACAUAAACUAUCGGGAAGUACCAGACCAGAUCACCUGACCACCACUACCACCACCACCAGGAGGAACCAAGAGGACAGAUUCCAGUGUGGGGGACAUUGUGACCACCAGCACGAAAAAUCCUAUCCCUCCUCCAGGAGCCUCACGUUGAGGAAGAACCUUUACCAGCCACCAUCACCACCUGCACGAAGCCAACAUUAUCCCCAGCAGGAAGGAUCACCUGUGCACGCAGGAGGCAAACAUUAGAAGGAGACCACGUCACCACCAGCAGGGGCAAGACGUCACCUCUCGUGAAGGAGGGGACGACGGAGCCACGCUACACCACGACAUGACGCCAGACUGUCCAAUGUCACCCGGGGAACAAGACGCACCCGACCUGAUAUGCAAGUGGGUCGGGUGUGGACUGGGGUUUGAGAGCCUUGAUGAAUUAGUAUCACACCUGACGGCCGCUCACGUCACCUCCCAGCACGGCGCCUUCUUCUGCUUCUGGCAUGGCUGCUCCAGGACCAAGGGCUUCAACGCUAGAUACAAGAUGCUCAUUCACAUCCGGACACACACUAACGAGCGGCCGUAUGUGUGCAGUCAGUGUGACAAGCGGUUUAGUCGUCAGGAGAAUCUUCGCAUCCACGCCCGCACACACACAGGUGAGAAGCCUUAUGUGUGCACAGUGCCGGGGUGCGGUAAGGCUUACUCCAACUCCUCAGACAGGUUCAAACACACGAGGACACAUUUCGUGGACAAACCAUAUGAGUGUCGCCACCCAGGGUGUGGUAAGAGGUACACGGACCCCUCCUCCCUCAGGAAGCAUGUCAAGAUCUACGGCCACUACCGCCGCCCGGAGGACCAGAACCCCUCCUUCUCUCUGCCUCCUACCACAGCCUCAGACCUCCUCGACCCCUCCAUGGCUGCGUCGGCCAGACUCGACCUCUCACCCUCACCCUCCUCUUCUGGGUCAUCUCUCGUGCCUUCGCCGGUGCCUUCUACGCCAUCACCCUCUCUCCUACCUCCCACACUGUUCCCAGGAGCCCCCACAGGGCCCAGCAUGAGUAUGGGUGCAGCGGGUAUAUCCUCGUGGGGGUCCGUGUCAGCGGCGGCGUGGACGGUGGCGCUGCAGCAGUGUCAGGCUGCUGGGCUGCUGUUUCAGGGCGGGGCUGGGCUGGCAGGGCUGGGGGGCCUCCACCCUCACCCACACAUGGUGGAGGAGGAAGAGGAGGAGGAAGAAGUGGAGGAGAUGGACACCGCCACUGCACUGGACCUCUCUAUGUGUCCCUCACCGCUCGACCUCUCUCUCCCCUCCUCCCGCUCAAAGCACCAGUAACCUCGACAGAACGACCACAACAGUGAUAAUACUGAUGAUGACCCCGGCAGUGACCCCUAACAGACGUGAACAGUGAUGGAAACGGUGAUCUGAGGUGACUGACAGCGGCUGGCAGACUCACACACAGUGCCACUCUAUCCAGUGCCUUAUGUUGGUGCCGUAACCUAGCGCCGCUGAAGACAGAAGGCGGGCUAAUGAGCGUCUGGUAGCAGCUCCGUCAUUAGUGGCAGGUGUUGAUGGUUGUCCCGCCAGCCUCUCCUUCACCGUCAACAACAACUCACGUCUCUAUUGUGCUGAGAAACUCGUGUGUACAAGAGAAUGUGGUGAUCUUUGAUGAUAUAUCUACCGUGAAGUUGACUUAAUUUUAUACUGAAACUUAUAAGUUAUAUCUGCAGUGCCAUUUAUAACCUUACUAUAGAGAACAAAAGAAGCGCGGAAAAUGACUCUAUUGUUUCCUUUUGGUGUUGUGAAGCAAGACGAACCUCACACCAGGAAGUAUGAACCUCCUGGUAUGAACCGUCUGUUUAUGAACCUCCUGGUAUGAACCUUCUGUUUAUGAACCUCCUGGUCGGUAAAGACAAACUCUGAAAUAAUUCUGAACUCUGAAAUUUUUUUUUUUUACAAACGUCUGUCAACAAAGACCAUCCAGUGAUAUUAAUUUGUAUUUUCGUCUCAUCAAUACUUACGUAACCUUGGCCACCGUCCUUCAAGUGCUAAGAGUCGUGUCCUAAGUCUUCCUGCCUGAGACAAAGUCGGCAUUUAUCUGAGGUGCUUUAGUAUGGUGCCAAAAGGUUCCUCUCUGAGCGACACCUGAUCUGUCUCGUGGAGGUACUGUGCCUUACUGCCUACCUUACUGCCAGAAGGAGCCAAGCCGCUGAGUGUGACCGUGUAAAUAGGGAAUUCCACUAUUUUUGGGGGAAGCUCUUAUGUGAUAUUAACUGUCUUUCUCGUAGUGCACAUAUAUACAAUAUAUAUAUAUAUACAGUAUUACCCAACUGAAACCGUCCACCGAUUGUCCAGUAUAUAUGAUGUUUUUCUGAUGUAAAUACUGAAAGCUGUCGACCACGUUGAGGUGACCGACAUCUACGAGGAGAGUCGGUACACCACCCCCCCCCCCCUGUGACCCAAUUAAUGCCAUCAGUGGAAUGUGUGUAGGUGAUGCAAGGGGCCUCUCCUCGCAACAAGACUGGAGGCCACAGGUUAGAAUCUCUGUUUAUAUUUCCACCUGUCGGGGGGGUUACAGCCAGAAUCUUCUGUGAGUGUUAACAUCGACCCUUGACAUGACGCAAGCCAUCUGUCACGUAAAGAUGGCAUCCAGGUGGUUCCAGCGUCGUCUGGCCACGAUGGACAUGUCACCUGGACCACUGUUAUAAUGUGUGGCCAUGUGCCCCUCACCGGUCUGUUAUUGGCCUCCAUAUAUUGUUUUUAUAAAGAAGUGACAUAAAUAUACAUAUAUAGAUACAAUUAUAUAUAAAGUGAAACCUACAUACAUGUUGUGACGUCACUCAUAAUAGAGAAGAUUCUUAAACAACUUACAAGAGAGUUGUUAGCGAGGAAUGGCCAUUAAGUCUCCCAACAGCAGUUCAAGACAGUGCAUUAGAAACUGGACAUGUAGUGGCCACCUUAACUACCGAACUACCUGAGGGCCACACCCGCCCUCCACAAGUGCCUUGAGCUUAACAGUAUUAUUAUUCACACACCUGGAUAUUCUUAAUAUUAUCUAUAUAUACUUUUCUCACCUGUAUUCGGACACGGGCACAUUUCCGUUACAUUAUUGUUAAGGGGUUUAAACACAUUUUCUGAUUGGUUCAUAUCAUCAGUAACCUCACCUAUAUCUGAAAACUGACCAAUCAAAACGACAAACGUCAAGGAAGCUGACCAAUCAGAUAAGCUUGGUGUAACGGGACUGUGACUUUGAUCCAAUGAGGAUACUCGAAAUCAUCGUCGCAUAUUUAUCUAUAUUUUCCACUAGAUAUGUUUAUGUUUAUGUACCGAUAGUUCUCCACCCUGGAGCUUGGCUGGCGGAGAACGAAACUCUGGUAAAAAUGGCUUAGAAGAGAGAUAAUGACACAUUGUUUAUGGGGAUUAUAUAUAACAAGACUCAAAAGUUCGUAAGAUAAAUUUCUUUUCAGUUGAUUGACAUAAGAAAGUUAAAUAUCUCACUUUACCUCAGACAUGAUCAGUUAGGCUUCAAAAAUUACCUUAGAAUUCAAUCUUAAUUACCCAACGUCUAUAUAUUUUUACUCAAACAAAAAGUUUCAAAAUAAUGUCCUAUAGAGUCUUAAUGUUAAUUGAAUCAUGUACUAAACCGAAAACACAACAUAAAUGACCCAAAGUUCUCUCAAAUAUCUCUUAAAAUUCUCUCAAUUGUCUCUAAAAUUCUCUCAAUUGUCUCUAAAAUUC